AUGGCGGCGCGGCUCGCCGUUUCAACGGCCGUCGCAGCGUCGUUUCGUCAAAUUCAGUUCUUCAACGUUGUAGCGUCCUCCCAUCCCGCCAUCGCAGCCUGCGAGAUUGCAUCGUUUCGCCACGCUCUGGUUACCAAUGCCUUCGCCGUGCGACCGCCGCUAGUCGCAUGCGCGCCGCUCCAUCGCGCCUCCCCUGCCGUCGAUUCCUCUCACAGGAACUCAAAUCCGAUUCGUUCGACCAGCAGGCGCGGCGAUUCCGGUUCUUCCGCCUGUAGCAACGAACGCGCGCUCCCCUCCGCACGCGUAUUCCCCGUCGCUCCAGUCUCCGUUUCCCUUCGGCCAUCCCUUCUCCUAGACUCGCCUGUCAAAGAAUUGGACAUCCCUUUGGCCCUCGACGCCGCUCUCGGCAUUCCCCAGGCCGUCGUCGCGCUCCCCCACUGCUCCGCGUCUUCCGCUUCUUCCGCCUUCCGCCGAUCGCUUGCUUCCGCUUCCCCUUCGUUACCUCCUUCUACACUCCGCACAUCAGCGCACCCCGCCAAUUCGCUCGUCCUCCAGGUUUCUCCGUUACCACUUUUGAACCACCAACGGCCUCGCUUCUCGUCUUCCUCUCCCUACCCCCACUCUUCCGGCUCCUCCCCCUCCUCCCCCUCCUCCCCCUCCUCCGCUUCCUCCCCUUCCUCCCUCUUCGCCUGGUCUGCCACUCCCGCCGCGCUUUCCCCCUCCUCCGCUUCCGCCCGCGCGUUCUCCACGUCGUCCGCCUUCCCCCCGCCGUCGCCGCACUCGCGCGGAGCGCUCACGAGCAGAUGGGCGGCGGACAGGAAGCGGAAGAAGGAAGCUUCGAAGAAGGUGCGGCUGGCGAUUAACGCACUGAGGGAGCGGCAGUGGCAGGCGGAGAGAAGACGAGCGGAACAGGAGGGGACGUGGCAGGGGCAGGGGGGCGGGCAGGGGCAGGGGGGAAGGACGGGGGAUAGUGGCACCAGCAGCAGCGUCAGCAGUAGUGGCAGCGACAGCGGCAGCAGCGGCGGCAGUGAUAUGCGAGGGAUGGUGGGUGAAUGGAUGGCUCGCCUUCAGCAGUUGCAACACACCUCCACUUCCUCCUCCCCUUCCUCAUCGCUGUCCUCGGCCCCAGCAGCACCACCCCCACCACCACCACCGCCGCCAUCAGCAGCAGCGGGCAGCAGCGUGGGGUCGACAGUAGGAGGCGUGGAGCCGCUAGUGGGACCACUGAGACCACAGAGCAGCGACGAGGCGUCACUGGCGUCGCUGCUGGCACGGUCGGACCUGGUGGUCACUCGCAGGGUGGAGUGGGGCAACAUGCUGCUGGGGUACGAGCAGAGCAACCAGUAUGCUAUCGUGGACGCGCACACAGGCGAGCACGUGGGGGCCAUUGUGGAGAGCAGCAACUGGCUCAUGCGGCAGUUCCUGAGGGCGCAUCGCCCCUUCACCGCGUCCAUCCACGACGCACACGGCACGCUCCUGCUCACCGUGCGGCGGCCCAUGUUUUUCAUCACCAGCACCAUCUACGUUGAUCUGCCUGGUCAGAAGGGCAUAGGGCAGGUGCACAGGAGGUGGCACCUGUGGAAGCGAGUCUAUGAUGCGUACCUGCACAAACAGCAGUUUGCGAGGGUGGUUAACCCUGGCUUUUGGUGGUGGUCCUUCGCUCUGUGCGACGCCGAGGGGCAGAGGCUAGCGGAGAUCACCCGCAACUGGCGGGGGCUGGGCUUUGAGGUGUUCACAGAUGCGGGGCAGUACGUGGUGCGAUUCGGGUCCGUGCGGCACUGGCAGCAGCAGCAGCGGGACAAGCAGGAGCAGCGGGAGAGGGAGGGCAGGGAGGGUGAGGAGGAGAAGGUGCAGCAGUAUCAUCAGCCAUGGUUCUCAACAGAGGCCGACGAGGGUCCCGUUCUCUCAGUGGCGCGCCCGCUCUCUCUGCUGGAGCGGGCAGUGUGUCUGGCGCUGGCCGUUUCACUCGACAACGACUACUUCUCCCGCCACAGAGCAGUGUGUGUGGCGCUGGCCGUCUCACUCGACAACGACUUCUCACGCCACAGCGCAUUAGCGGGCAGCGCAGAAAGCGGCGGCAAGAUGUCGGUGAGCACGUCCGCGUUAUACGCGAUCAUGUUCCUGUGCGCCGCCUUCGUCUUCUCCUUCCUCUUCCGCGUCCUCCGCGCGCUGCUGCUGCACGCCGCGCUGCUCUCGCCGCUCCCGCGCCGAUCCGACGACCCAGAUUCCACCAUCCACGUGCGCACCGUUCUCGUCAUUGACGGAGUUCCGGAGGGCGCGCCAGCGCACGCGGGGGAAGGGGAAACGGGGGGCGCGGGAGGGGGGACAAGAGGGAAAGGGUUGCGGGCGGAAGAGAUUGCGCAGCACAGCGAUUUGAUUCGGUACAGUGAGGUAAAGGAGGAGCGGAGAGUAGAAGAGAGGGAUUUGGUAGUGGUUGAGAUAGGCGAGAGGGGGGAGCGAGAGCAGGGUUGGGAUAGUGAAAAGGCGCGCGCGGGGACGGAAGGUGGUUCUGAGGCAGCGUGUGAGGGGGAGGGGCAGCGAGAGGCGGAUAGAGAAACGGACGCAGCAAGAGCAGCGGCGGCAGUAAACGGACAGGGCAGUGAAAUGGCUGAGCGGCGACGGGACGUGGAUGGUUCGAGCGAGCGUCUUGUGAAGACGCAGCACAAGAAGCAGGAGACAGAGGAGAAGGGGGCGGGAGCUGCACGGGCAGCAGAAGCAGGAGGAGGAGGAGGGGCAGGGGGCGGAGCAGUAGGGGGCGGAAGAACAGGGGGCGGAAGAGCAGGGGGCGGAGAGGAAGGAGAGGGAGGAGUGGAGGGGGUAUGGGGGGCAUUGGCGGUGGAGUGUUCAGUGUGCUUGACGGAGUUCAAGGAGGAGGAGCGAGUGAGACGACUGCACUGCUGCACCCACAUGUUCCACCAGGAGUGCAUAGAUGGCUGGCUUCAAGCCCACACCUCGUGCCCAUUGUGUCUCUGGGCCGAGGAGCAGGCGGAUCGAGGGCGGGAGCGCGAGCGCGCAUUGCGCGAGAGAGCUGCGCGCAGUCGGCUGGCGGAGGCGCUGGAUCCGAAGCUGCUGGGGGCGUUCAGCGACCUGGUGACGUACGCGGAUGUGAAGUUAGAGCGCGACGCGGAUGCGCGUGGAAGCGCGCCGAGCUCUCCCAGCGCUCUUACGGGCUUGUUGACUCUGGCAGAUGUGACUGUAGCGGGGGGGAGGCUACCAGGGGAUGAUGAGUCAUGCGUGGGUGGCGGAGGUUCUUUACAAGAGGAUGGGACGACUGUUGUGGUGGAUAUUCGAGGGGAGGGCACUGGCUCAGGCGGCAGUGAGUGCAGCAACAGAAACGAUGAGUGUCGCCCAGCCACGAAGGGCGCCGUGGCUGGAAAUUGUGAUCAGAAGAACUGGGGGAUUGAGGAUGGGUCGAGUGCGGUGCAAGUAAAGGAAGCGGCAGCUGCUGAAGGCACAGAGUCACAGGAGGAGUCAGCGGCUGGUGCUGACAGCAGGGCCUUGCCAUCCUCAUAUGCUCCUUCUAUAGGCCUCUCUCCGUCGGGUGGUAAGAGUCAGGGCCCGUUACCGGCUGAAGUGCUUGAAUUACAGCCUGAAUUUGCAGCAGUGGCUGGUAGUGGCGGCACGGGUGGUGCAAGUGAGGUGGCGAUUCCUGUGAUUGCUGUGACAGCAACUGAGUGCUCCGUGUGUCUGGUGGAGUUUGAGGAUGAUGCCAUGCUGCGACGCAUGCACUGCUGCCGACAUCUGUUUCACCAGGUGAGCAUGGGAGAGUGCUGGGGCAUGGAGGGCUGUUGGGGCAUGCAGCAGUGA